UUUUUCUCCGCUCAUCUGGUCUCUAGCCACUACAACACAAAACACCAUCGUCUGUUUACAAUCUCUCUAGAAGCAGCCGGGGGACAGCAUCAUUUUACAGGCAUUGUUUUUCUUUCAAUCCUCUAUUCUUCUCCCGAGCCAGAAACGGAUUGAGACCACGUCAAAUUGAACGGCAGAGAGAUUAUUUUUGUUUGAAUUUUGAGGAGAACUCUCAACACCUGCCUUUGUUAGCAAGUUAGCCUCGUGUCCUUAAAGGCUCCUCGUCCUUAACUCUCUCUCUCUCUCUCUGUUAUAUUCUGAUUUGUUUUAUUUUCUGUAAUCAUUUACACAGUCAUACAGUAGUUGUAGGUAAACCCGUGCUAACGGAGAAGCUCUUUGUUCGUGCCUCGGGAAAAAAAAACACGCACCAACACCUCCGUUUCUUUCUCUGUUUUUUACUGUUGCAGUGAUGUUGAGGAUGAUGAUGAUGGUGAUGAAGAGGAGACAGAGCUGAGAGCUGAGUGUGUGUGGUUGUGUUGCGUUCACAUUGGGAGCGAGAAGAACCCCCCUCCCCCACACACACUGCAUCCAUGUUCUCCCCCGACCAGGAAAACAUCUCCACGUCGUCAACCAAAGUGCCAGUCAAAUAUGGAGAACUCAUCGUGCUCGGGUAUAAUGGCUCUCUACCCAACGGGGACCGGGGUAGAAGGAAGAGCAGAUUUGCCCUCUUCAAAAGACCCAAAUCCAAUGGAGUCAAACCCAGCACUGUACACGUAGCCUGCACCCCACAGGCUGCCAAGGCCAUAAGUAACAAGGAUCAGCACAGUAUUUCCUACACGUUGUCCCGUGUACAGACAGUGGUGGUGGAGUACACUCAAGACAGCAAUACAGACAUGUUUCAGAUUGGCCGCUCAACUGAAAGUCCAAUAGAUUUUGUGGUGACCGACACGGUUCCCGGGAGUCAGAGUAAUUCUGACACUCAGUCAGUCCAGAGCACCAUAUCUCGCUUCGCAUGCCGGAUCAUAUGUCAGCGAACGCCCCCUUACACCGCCCGCAUCUACGCCGCCGGAUUCGACUCCUCCAAGAACAUCUUCCUCGGGGAGAAAGCAGCAAAGUGGAAGACAUCUGAUGGACAGAUGGAUGGUCUGACUACAAACGGUGUGUUGGUAAUGCAUCCUCGCCAUGGUUUCACAGAGGACUCCAAACCUGGUGUGUGGAGAGAGAUUUCAGUGUGUGGAAACGUGUUCACCCUGAGAGAGACACGGUCGGCUCAGCAGAGGGGGAAAAUGGUGGAGAAUGAGACUCAAGAGUUAGUGGACGGCUCUCUGAUUGAUCUCUGUGGAGCAACUCUUUUGUGGCGUACUGCUGAAGGGCUUUCCCGCACUCCCACUGUCAAACACCUGGAGGCGCUCCGGCAAGAGCUGAAUGCUGCUCGUCCCCAGUGCCCCGUGGGUUUCAACACCCUCGCCUUCCCCAGCAUGAGGCGGAAGGACAUAGUGGAUGAGAAGCAGCCCUGGGUCUACCUAAACUGUGGUCAUGUUCACGGAUACCACAACUGGGGUAACCGUGAUGUUGAGCGAGACGGAAGGGAGGGCCGUGAGCGGGAAUGUCCCAUGUGCCGCGCUCGUGGGCCGUACGUGCCGCUGUGGCUGGGCUGUGAGGCAGGGUUUUAUCUUGAUGCGGCCCCUCCUACUCACGCGUUCAGCCCAUGCGGCCACGUGUGCUCAGAAAAAACAGUGGUGUAUUGGAGUCAAAUCCCUCUUCCUCACGGAACGCACACCUUCCACGCUGCCUGCCCUUUCUGCGCCCAACAGCUCAGCGGUGAGCAGGGAUACAUCAGACUGAUCUUCCAGGGGCCCGUGGACUAAGUACACCUGCAUGUGUCCUUUUACCCCAGUAACCUAUUUGACAAACAUUAGCCAAGCAUUUCUUUCUGUUGUUCCUAUAAUUUGAUUUUAUAAAGAUGCCAUUUUCAGUGCUCUCAGACUGUUUUUUCCCCCUUGCUUCCUGGUUUGUAAGUUACCUUUUUACUGCUUUUUCGAAUACAGAGAAAAACUAAAAUAUAUUUUUUCAAAUAAAAAGAUUAUAAAAGCUAAAAAAUUAAAAGGAAUAGACCUCUUCAGAACAGCAGAGCACAUGCACACCCACAUUUGAGCGUUCUGAUUGGGUGGCUCUGCUUGUCAUUUGAAGUGGUGGGCGUGGCCAUUACAGAUGCUGACAUGUACAGUGUUUAUUUGCUAGCAGUAACACUCAGCAUUAAAGAGGCAAUACACCAUCCAUGUAUGUUAAGAAUGAGCUUACAGACUAUCUGUAAGUCUACCUGUACUCAAUUUAUUCAAUAAUUCAGAGCAGCAACUACAUUUAGAUUCCAGAUAACUGUUUUCCAUGUCUAACUUAAAAACUUAAUGCUUUUUUUAUUUAUACACUAUCAAUGUUUAUCAAAGAUUAAAAAAAAUGUAUAGGUGUGUUUUUGGGGAGUUAAGUUCUAUGUAGCUGUUUUUUGUUUUCUCUUUAUUGUGAGUCUUUUCCAUUAUAGGCUUCGCUAUAGCAUUCCGAUUUUUCCUCAUUUGUUCUCACGUAUGAUUGUGUGAGUGAAAUCUUCUUUGCAAUAGUGAACCAAUGAGGUCAUGCUCAGAGAAAUGAACUCCAGGAAGCUCAAGAGGCCUAAAAAUCUUCACCUCCCUUUAAGCACAGGCCAAAACCUCAUGCCCUUUCAGUGACUUUGCAAAGCUGCAAAAGCGUGUGCGCUUAAGUGUCUUAAGAUCCCUGUUUUCUGUUUGAGCCUUUUCUGUGUAGAUGACUGCCCUUGUUUGGAUACUUUGAAGACACUGGGAAGUAUUUUCCAUCCGUAGUGCAAAAAGCAGCACUAACCUCUGGAAAAAUCCUUUACCUCCUUUAUAGGUCAGUUUUAGUCUCUCUUAAUUAGCAAAUUGAGGUGUUAUUGUUUUAUAUUUAACAGCUACUGACAGUUGAUUACAGUAGAAAGGGUCAUUUUCUCCUUAUGUUUAAAAUUGGAUAUUAAACAAUAUUUUCAAAAUAAAUGACACUCCCCCUGUGUACAAGAAACUAGAGAGUUAAUACUUAAAAUGGCCAUUCAAAGUUUGGGGUCAGUAAGAUUUCAUAUAAUAUAUUUAAUAUAUAGAGCGAGAGAGAGAGUGAGAUAAAAUGUAUUUAGUUAAUUGCUUUCAACAUUAACAAUAAGAAAUGUUUCUUGAGAACCAAAUCAGCAUAUUAAUCCCCUUUCACACUGCCAUUCCGGCAAAUACACGGGUAAAGUGUUCCGGCAAUUGUUCCCGGGUCGCUAGAUUUUGCACUUUCACACUGCCAGUGAUGACCCGGGAUAUGUGCGUGCUUUUACACACAAUCCGUAAAGAUCCCGCAACGACACGUGACAUGAGUGCGUGACGUGUAAUGUACGAGUCGACAACGCUAGGCACGUUAUACUUUCACUGAAGCAAGCGAACGAUCUCGGCAUCAGUGUGGAAAGUGAGGAACUAACUGAUCUCUGCUUCAUUACAGUUUGCACAUAUUUUUUUGUCGCGAACGUUGAUCUUCCUUCAAAACAGCCGGUAAAAGAGUCACGCGAUAACACGCCUCAUCACUUCGACAUGGCAUUACAUCUGGCUUUUUGUUCACAGCGCUCGUCCCGGGUUGAACCCGGCAAUGUUACUACUAGUAACUUACUAGGUCCCCGCCCCGGGUUCAAUGCCGGAAUCAAUCCCGGGACGUGUUUGCUUUCACACAGAAGGUGACCCGGCAAUGUUCUGGUAAUUUGCCGGGUCCGACGUGCAAUGUGAAAGGGGCUUUAGAAUGAUUUCUGAAGAAUUGUGACAUUCAAUUCAUCACAGUAAGAAAUUACAUUUAAAAUACGAAAUAUAUAAAAAUGUAAUCACAUAAUUGCGGCUUGCGUGAACAUAACAUGUCAAAAACAGAGAAAAAAUCCUACCGACCUCAAACUUUUAAACAAUAGUGUAUGUUUUUCGAAAACCAUGUGUGACCCUGGACCAUAAAACCUGUCAAAUUUGUUUUAAAUUGAGAUUUAUACAGCAUCUGAAAGCUGAAUAAAUAAGCUUUCCAUUGAUGUAUGGUUGAAAUGAAACCAUACAUCAAUAUGACUUAUUCUGUGGAACACAAAAGAAGAUACAUACAUUAGUCCAAGCUGCUCUUUCCCAUAAAAUAGACAGUCAAUGAUGUUUUAAUUGACAUGAUCAAAACUGAAAUGUCAGUCUAUUCCUCACAAAGGUCCACUUUCACUCUAUGGACAAGAACAGCUUUGACAUUCUUUUAAACAUUGUUUUUUUGUACGAUGGAAGAAAGUUAGUUUGAACAAAUUUGAGAUUAGUUUUCUUGGGGUUUUUUUCAGCAAAUUUUAGGUCUUUGUGUAUGUAUAUGUGUGUAUGAGUAUGAUAAUAUAUUUGAAUUUGUAAAGAUGUUUUUGACUGUUUGAUUUCAUGUACAUGCUGUCGUAUGUACUGUGUGAAUGUUAAAUGUGCUGUACUGUGUUACAUGUAAGAAUCUGGAGAGCAUACGUUGAGUCUGAAGGGUCGAGAAUCCCAGGACUGUGUGUGAAGUGGAUUCUCUGCCCGAGGAGUCCAAGCUCAGCUUCCAGAGAUGAUAUACUGGUGCAGGUUUCACCUCAGGGAGCUUCCUCCAUCCUGACCACCAGGGCAUGUGUUCAUGAAGUAUUUCAAAACCCGACAGCUGAUCUGGGGUCUGUUUGGUUGUGUGGAGAUCUAGACCUCACCCUGCUCAAAGUGCUAUGAGUGAAUAUGAAGCUUAAUCACGCCACAGACAUAAUAACCCCUCACCUUUUAAUACUGUCUUUUUUUCUUUUUGUGGAUGCUUCAUUUACAAAAUAAUUCUCCAUCUCCUGUGAGUAUGUUUUCCAAAUAUUUAGCAAACACAUUCGAUUUGUUAGACACCUUUGUCUUUUUAAGGGCAUCGCUCGUUUGACGGCGUGUGUAAAGGGCUUUUUUCUUUUGAUUUCCUGUUUGUUUGAGAUCUUUGACACUUUGGUCUAACUCUUUGCAUGAUCCUAGUGUGUGCGUAUGUGAGAGAGAGAAUGCGUGUUUUUUUUUAAAAAUCAGAAUGCAUAGAACGGCAAAUGCUGCAAAUGUUUCUGAUCUUACAUUUUGUACCAACUUUAAACAAAUAAAAAUGUAAAAAGCA